CUUUUAUUGCCGAUCGACGCGACGCGCGUUUCGCGAAUGAGAACCUUUCGCAAGAAUAAUAACGACGAUAGUGACUCUAUGCUGUGUAAUAAUAACUCGAUGAGAACGAUGCCAAGAGACUUUAGCGGGGAAAUGAAAAGAAACGGAAGGAAAGGAAGUAGAAAAAAAAAGAGGGAUGACAAUACUGUCGCGUUGCUAGGCGGUGCUUGCUUCAGCCACGGCCCUUACACAUUUUACAAGGCAGUAAGGAUAAGUAACGGUCGUGUCCUUCGUCUCGGUAGUUUCUUCCUGACGAAAUUGUGGAGCGAUGCCGAUCUCGUCAGCAUCGGCGAACUUCAGCUAUUGUGGAUGGACAGUCGUGGACCGAAUCAGCCUUUGGCAUCCCUGCGACUUUAUUUCUUACCUGAAAACACGCCGGAUGGAAGGAGAGACACGCACGGAGAGGACGAGGUGCUGACGAUUUCAGAAAAAGUAGUCGUCCGCGUGCACGACCUAGUCACAUGGCUUUCACCUACGUUGGAGUGGUCGUGGGGACGGGAAGUGUCCUAUCCAACGACCCCGACGUCGUCCCCGGGGACUAGUCCACUCAGAUACGAGAUGCCGCAGCCGCAGGUGCUGACGGAUCCGGGGAUCGAUUUCUCGGACGUCGAGAAACAGCAGAAGGAAUACGAAAGCAACCUGAACUCUUUGAAAAGAUCGGACAGCUUCCAAACGAAAGUGGUGGUACUCUCAUAUCCUAGAUAUUGCCGCUACAGGGCACUUCUACGUAGACUCGAAGGUGCCGAGCCCUCCUGGCUGUGCUCGUCCAUCGCGGCCGCGUUAGGGGGCUUCACCGCGACACCAGGCACCAAGGUGCUCUUCUGCAGAGACACAUUUGACUAUCCGGAUCUCGAGACUCAUGAGCUGCUGUGUAAUCACUUGGCGCCGAAAUUAAAAGGUAGACCACGAAGAAAGCGUAAAAAGCGCAGCGCUUCGCCGGGCGAAUCGUCGAACGAAAGCGAAGCCUCAGUGGCGUCGACGUCGAAGAGUACGUCGGCGAUCACCAGCCUGGUAAUACCCACGGUCGGGAGACCGCCCUCGUCCGGGAUACGGCGGAGCGAGAGGAAGACCAGCGCGGAAGAAAAGAAGUUCAUCACCGACGUGCAAAGUUUUAUGAACUCUCGGGGUACGCCGGUCGGAAAGAUGCCACUGCUGGGCUACAGGCAGAUCGAUCUGUUCCUGUUUUAUACAAAAGUGCAAAUGCUUGGUGGUUAUGACUCUGUCAGUGCUGGGCGCCUUUGGAAAACCAUCUACGAUGACAUCGGUGGUAACACGGGUUCUACUAGCGCAGCGACUAUUACACGUAGACAUUACGAAAGAUUAUUGUUACCUUACGAAAGGUAUCAGCGAGGCGAAGAAACAAGAGUGAGACUGAAUCUCGGACGACGUACCAAGAGUAUGAGUGCAUCCGAAGAUUUAGACAUCAAGGAGGAACCGAGCGAGCUCUAUAUGUCGGAGACACCUCCACCAAUAGAUGUAAUUCCUGCGACCACAACACCACCCUUACAACCAAUAAUGUCAGCAACAACAACGACUUUACUCUUGAGUGAGAAACCCAAAGCCGAAACCGGCAAGACAUCCUCGUUACGUAGCGUGCGAGUGAAACCGGAACGCCUGAAAUCUUUGAAUACAAUAAUCGCCAAUAAUGCGACACCUUCCAGCCAGCAAGCUAGCCAACUGCCAAGUCCACCGCCAUCCUCCAAUACAUCUAUCUCGACGCCCAAUAGCACACCCUCCACAACACCGACGAAUGGUACCAGUAACAAUCAGAGUGUCUUGGAGAGGCAGCUCAACAGUCCUUUGAUAUCCCAACAAGUUCCACCAUCGUGUUCGCCACCAGGCUUGCCUGUGACUAGUGUAGCGGCAAACGCGUCGACGGUCGUCACUCUAACGCCUCCACCUGAGAAGGAUAUGAAGGAGAUCAAGUUGGAUCCCAAGCAAACAACUUUACUGGCACAAGGCAAGGAAAAUAUACCACUAUUUGGCGGCGAGAAAUUCGCGGAAAAGACGAUAAUGCCACCAGUCUCUAGAUCACCUGAAGUGAUCGACCUUGAAAACGAGAACGACACGAGUCGAGACAAAAUAAUCAUUCCCAGCUUUAAGAAACGUAAACUCGAGAUUUUGCGCGAAGGCGGUCUCGAAGUUACCGCCGUCGAUCUGGACGUGCGACCGAGCGUAAUUCAAAGCUGUGUUGGUAUGUCGCCGCAACAACAUCAACAGCAGCAAUCGCCAUCAUCCUUGCCUGCUACAAUGAAGUCUACUGAAGAGAAGCAACCGUCGAUCUCGCCGUAUCCACUUCCAGUUACGCCCAACUCCAUUCCUAAAUUAAUAUCCGUCACUGUGACACCCGACAUAGGACAUAUGUUACCGUCGCCGCAUGAUCAUCAAAAUCAUCUGCCGCGAAUACCGACGAUUAAACAAUUACCAGUUCAUCACAACAAUAACAAUAUUAGCAUGAUGAACAACAACAAUAUGGCAAAUAGUCGAAUAAUAAAUCUUGGUAGCUCGAACAAUACCGCGCUAUUGCAACUGUAUGCGAAUGCGAACGUCGUACCAUCAACGAUUUCGUCUGUGCAACAAUCAAGCCAUCGUUUUGUUCCACCAAAUAUUCCAAAUGGCAGGUUAUUACUACCAAAGGUGACGCAAUCAAGGUCGAUAUUUGUGCACAAUGAAAGGACGGUUUAUGGAAAUCCCAAGGAUAUUUUGAACUCUCCUCCAAAAUAUCACUCGCCGCAUCCACAUCAACAACAGCAGCAACAACGCUCGCAGCAACAUCCACAAAUGAGCUCCAGCAACGACAUCGGACAAGGAGGUGUUCUCGAUCUGACGCAAAAGAACGAGAAACCGACGUUCCCUAGGCCCAGUCUAGAAAUAGUCAGAGUACCUGUAGUGCAGAGGCCUAAUCCAUUAAAUCUGGACGUGCGGAAUUCACCCGUGGCUAAGGACAAAUUGUCGGACAGACCUGUCGUCGAUUGUCCAAAGCGAAUACCCUUCCCUGCCUACCAAAAUGUAAUUGACAGUCGAACUAUUGCGUCGAAUAACCUCGAGAUUACGCUAGUGAAUCCCAAGCACAAAAACAAUCACCACGUCAUACCGUCUCACGUUCAAAUACCGAGUCCACCUAAUAAAAAUGCGAUAGGAACGAUAAGUAGCGUGCAAAUGAGGCAGCAACAAUCGCAGCAACAAGUGAACGGAAAGUAUACAGUGAGAAAUGAGCCGAUUUCGCCAUACACACCAAGGAAGCCAAGUCAUCCCAUCAUACCAAACGUACCCAAUUUGAAUCAUUUGAAUCAUAGUGGAAGUUCAUUUCCUAGAAUUCAGGCAACGACAUUGCCUCAGUCACAACAACAAAUGAGCAUUGAUAGGAGGAAAGCGGCUGCGGAGGCCGGUAGGGAUCAUCAACAUCGUAGGAUUAGCGAGGGCGAGAAAUCAUCUUUGGCAGCGCAACAGCAGCAGCAGCAGCAUCAGCAUCAUCAUCACCAUCAUCAUCAGGAACCCAGGCAGAACGAGGUUGGGCGGCGACACAGUUUACCCAGCAUACCAUCGGGAUUCGUACCGACGGUACCGCAAAAUAAUUCUGCUCCCUUUCCUUUGCCACAAUUGCCAAACGCGUCCGGCAAGUUUCUACCAAUUCUGGAUCCCAUGUACUACUCCACGUUCUAUAACGGUUUGUUCCCACCGCCGAUUCCGCCCACGGCCACCGCAGCUGCUGCCACCGCGUCGUCGUUUUUACCGCCGGAAUUUAACGCAUAUUACAAGGAAUUACUUGCUUCCUCGCAACCAAGACUGACGGGGAUGACGGGGCAGCCGCCGCAUCAACAGCCGGCCGCUCCAACGUCUAAAUAGACAAUGGGAUCUCAACAUUUAGGGUUUCCGGCAUAGCGAAAGACGCUUCGAUUACUAGAGAGACAAGGAUCCGUCGGACUUCUUCGCUGUCGAAAUGUAUAUCAGCGAGUGACGCGAUAUAAUGAUGAGAGUGAUGCGAUUUGUUCAGACUAUAUAUGUUUAGUUAUGUUGUUUUUAUUCGAUUAAAACAACAAGAACAAGACGAAAUUUAUUCACAGUGUUUAUUCAUGAUAGAACGAAGAUAAUCCCACAGGGUCUCGCGCAAAGGUAAAAUGAAGUAUCGGUAUAAGUGCAGAUGUUAUACGAAGAUAUGUUCUUCAAAUUAUGAUAUAUUUCAUAUCAUUAGUUACAAAUAUUUCUAAUAGAUGAUUAGAAAGAUUAGAAAGAAAUAUUUAUAUUGCGCAUUUGGUGAGAAAUGCAAUAAUACGUGGGCCUUGUUAUGUAUGUGGACGCAUAACAUUUUGUUGUCGCUCAAUUUGAUAUAAUUAAUAAGAUUUAAUAUAUAAUUAACAUUUUUUUAAAUAAUUUUAUUAGUAUAUACGUACUAUAACGUUAUAUUCAAUAUGUGCGACUAUAUUAUAAGCCCUCUUUUUCCGAAAUUAGAUUCUUGGAUUCGUCCUUGCACGAGACUCUAGAGGAUUAUCGAUAUUAAGAAAAAGAAAUCCUGUGAUAAAAAUGCACACAAAAUGUAUUGAUAUUCAAGGAGACAGUCGAUGGAAUCCACAGAAAAUCGUUAUUUUUAUAUGUUUAUUUUAUAUAAAUUGUUUACGCGCGUUUUUGAUUUUCAAUUAAUGUUAUAAGACAAAAUAUUCUGAUUUGGAAACUUGCAUUACCUGUGCUAGCUAUGCUAGAGUUUCCUAAUGUCUCCGUUCCGUUGUAAAAAAAAUUCUUCCUGAGAACAAUUACUUUUUUCUUUUCUUCACAUAUUUAGAUAUAUAUUUUCAAAAGGGUAUCAUUCACGUUAAUUUCAAAUUCGUCGAGUCUUUAUUUUCGGUUUUCGUUUUGCAAAUGUACAUUUUGAUUUAUUUUGAGCGCACCAUGUGAUAAACCCGAUGCGAAAAAAAAAAAAAAGAAAAGAAUUAUGGCGAGCGUAUAGCCGGCGGAUCAUCGGAAUGUAUAAUUGUUUACUGUGUGUAACGGAGUAAAUCUUAUGUAGUAACGCUCGCGAAAACCCAAUGUACUGUGUAUAAGCUAGACAAUUUUCAUUAUAAUAAAAAAAGGAACACUCGUACACAAUCACGUACACACCGCUCUAUAGUCACCUCUAACGAUAUAAGCGCACGCAUGCAAUGUUAUAGCAGCGACAUGUAUAUAAUGUAUAUAGCUACGUAAAUCAUUAAGCUAGACAAAUCCUACAUUAUCUCUCAACAUAUUACGUAAGAAAGUUAAGUUUAGUAAGUGUACACAGGCUGUCUUGCUCGUGUGGCCAACGAUGUUGUCGUAUCGCUGUUUUUCCUUAGGAGGAAAGAAAACGAUAUUUUUCUUCAACAACAUUUCCGAUGGUCUCUUUUUUCGCUCGGAAGACAUUUGUGACGAUCUUUCGCUUUCUAACGCCGCGCCGCGCCGUGUCGAGCGUGAGGGAGCGCGCGAUGUAAGCUCUUCGUUUUAUCUCUGUAAAAAGCAUCCGGAACCGCGUGCAAUCAAUUAAUUACUUGUUACGCGAUCGAACUGCUAAACGUGAUCGAACAUCGCGGGCCACCACAAUACUUUGGAAACAGAUUUUAAAAAAUUACCGACGGUAUAUUCAUGUUAAAUGUAGGCAUAUUGAUGAUAGAAUUUGUUCGUUUUAGGAUACUCUGAUCAAAAGAAUAUUAAUAAAUAUGAGAAUAACGUUAAAGCAUUCGUAACCGUAAGACGUACAAGAGGAAGAAAGAUCCGUUUCGGAUCGUUCUAGCGAAAAAAAAGAAAAUCAGAUUUCUAUAUUGAUGUCUUUCAAGAGUAUGAAUUAUUCACGUUUUUUCGGAUGGUUCUUUCGUGAUAACAAAGGCGUUGCGGCGCCGAUUGCGAGACCGCGGCUGAUUAACGAUAGCCUUCCAGUGGUAUUCAACGAGUCGAGAAACCGAGAAUUCGAUAUCGAUUAUCGAUCAGCGCGAAGGGUCAGGACAUGAGACGCUACCACUGUUGUUAUUUUUGUAAGACCGCGGCUGACUUCCGGCGACCCGGGCGCGUCGCGACUACGCCGUCGCGUCGCGUCGCUUUUCGACAUGGUGCUAUGCGACGAAGAAAUUCUAUUGUAAGUCUUUUCGAAAACAAUUUUAGCGGGCGUUGUUGGGUACCAGUGGAGAUCUCUGGCGCGAUCGCCCGAAAGAACUACAUACACAAUCUUAAGAUAGAUCUUCACGUCCAAGUCUGAUAAAUAUAUACAGAAACAAAAAAGUUAAAGGGAAACUCCACGGGUUCUAGCGUAUGUAUAAAGAGAGGAAAGAAGGAGAUAGUCGAGUAUAUACGGAUCUCCGUUAUGAUUACGAUUCGCUGUAAUAUCGCGGGGUUCGUACAGCGCUGCAGCGGCGAGGAAAGCGAACGCUGCAAGAUGGACGAAGAGGACGGCAAAGCGGAGUGUCGUCGUCGAGUCUCCGCAAAGGGAAAGGCUUUUAUGAGAAUACGUGCCAUAAAAAAAAAAAACUGAUUAGAUAGCGACUACGAAAUCGAACGAUAGCGACGGUCAUUUGUACAUGCUUUUGACGAGCCCCUUAACUGCAGUUCGAAAAACUAAGAAGGUAGACGCGAAUCGAAAAGAAAAAAGAUUAAGGAGAAUAAUUACAAUGUGCAAAGAAUUCCACGUGGAAGAUUUUAUAUGAUUUUUCGUUUAUAUUCUGUUACCGCGAUUAUUUUAUAAAUCUCGAGUCCUUUUUUUUUUAGCGCGCGUGAGAGUGUACGGAAUAAACGUGCCGUUGAAUGAGAGUGAGAGUGAGUCGCGGAAGAAUCUUCGAAUGUUUCGAGAAGAAGAGUCUACGAUUGUUUUUCGUUUUUUUUUUUUUGCGAGUUUUCUCUUCAUUUUGUAUACUUAGUAGAGCGAUUUUAGCAUAACCCUCGUUUUCCCACUUUAAUAAUAGUAAUUAUUACGAUACAAAUAUUUUUUAUUAUAUAUGGGCAUUUCAGUUCCUAAGUUGGAAAUAAAAUAUCUACUACAAACGGGUUUUCUUAUUGCCACGUACCAAAUAAGAAUGAGCUCUCGUGUCUCUGCAAUCGCAAGAACGCAUUUUUGCUCUUUAGAUCUUUGCCGAAAGGCGUACUUGCAGAUUUUUGUUUCGACAAAAUUUCCCAAUAUUUACCUCCCCCUACGGUAUGUCUAUGCUUU